AUGACGCCAAAACUGUUUGCAUGGCAACGACAUGCUUUAGGUCUGUGUCUGCUAUUUGUCGGCGUCGUGGCAGAAUGGUACAGCAUCUCCAAUUGCAGCGUCUUGUCGAUUCCCAUCUCCGCGGAUCAAUUCUCGAUUGGAGGUCCGAUUGAAUUGAUCAUCCCCGGCCAAAGUGGCGUUCCGCUCGGCUGGCCGGGUUCUAAAAUCCUUCAACGGUUGCUGGAACUUCCGCCUCGACUGCGGAUCCAC